AUAUAUAUAUACUAGUAUAAAAAUAGUUGCAAUUUUCUCUCUAUUCAAAAACUCCAAAACCCCCAAUUUUAAACAUUCCUUUCAAAAAAAACCCUAAAAUUGUUUGAAUUUUUUGAUUGAUAGAAAGAGAAGUGAAGAUGAUGAAUUGUGAGUUAUGUGGUGAGAACAAAUCAAUGAUGUAUUGUGAAUCAGAUCAAGCUAACCUUUGCUGGGAUUGCGAUUCGAAAGUUCAUUCUGCUAAUUUUCUCGUAGCUAAACACUCGAGAAAUCUCCUUUGUCAUUCAUGUCAAAAUUCAACUCCAUGGAAUGCCUCUGGUCCAAAGCUUUCUCCUACUUUCUCUCUCUGCAAUUCCUGCAUCCAAAACCCAGAUCCAAUUGAACAAAUUGGGGAAACAAUCGAAGAAAAUUAUCAAACCGAAGCGGAUAAUGAUGAAGAUGAAUACGUGAGUACUGACAGUGAAAUCGAUGAUUAUGACGAUGAGAAUCAAGUUGUUCCUUUAUCUUCUUCUCCGUCGAGUGAUUUCUCUCCCUCGCCGUCGCCGGUGCGUUCGGUGAGUUCUUCCGGCAGUUAUGGAGAUUUAUCAGCUAUCGGAGAUUACGGCGGUGGCGCGACGGCGGCUGAUAAUUCAUCUCCGUGGAAGCGAGUAAGGGAAAGUGAUUGCCUACAUUUUGAGGAUGAAGAGGCAUGUUCGUCGAGUUUGUUGUUGGAAGAGAACAAGAGAACAUCUUCAUCCAUAGGGUUCUUGAGACCAAUGAAGGUGCUUCGAACCAAUGAUUACUAACAUACUCAGUGUAAUUUCAUAAUUGAGGUCUGAAAUUAUAUCGUCGUUAUUAUGCAAAAUCUUGUUUCUCUACGAUCGAUCAUUUGACUACAAAGAGAAAUACACAAAUAGAAUUAUACAUUUUCCUUUUCAUGCUUCUUAUUUUUUUUCUUCUUGAUUCUCUUUGUAAUUUUACUUGGAAGAAUUAGUGAACCAAGAUCCAUUCUUUUCUUGGAA